UGUCGGGGAGAGACUAGAGCCAGAGCAGUACCAAGCAAAGCCCAAAGAUGAAGUGUGUCCUCCUGAUUGCCCUCCUUUCGAUUUCCAUGUGCCUCGCGGCACCCGCCGAUGAGGUGCAGAUCGUCAAACAGGAAUCGCAGGUCCUGGCCGAUGGCUACAACUUUUCCUAUGAGACGAGCGAUGGCAGCAAGCAGGAGCAGCAGGCCACACUCAAGAAACUUGGCCCCGAAGAAGAUGCCCUCCAGGUGUCCGGCUCCUACACCUAUGUGGGAGACGAUGGCCAGACCUACACCGUGACCUAUACCGCCAAUGAGAAUGGAUUCCAGCCUCAGGGCGCACACAUUCCCCACGUCUAA